GUGGAAGACACAUGGCAGGUCUGUCUAUGUUACUGGUGUGGUGUUGUAGAAGACCAGGAACUGAUCCCAUUUCUAUCUGCUGGAUAUCUUCUAGUCUGCCCAUUGUGUGGAGUAUACAGGCUUUAUUUCCAGCUGGAUCUCUGUCCAGUGUAUCGUUGAGCUGAUUAGACACUGAGCAUGGAGCAGUUCACCGAGACGACGAGUAGUGGAGAGCAGAUUGUGGUGCAGACGUCUGGUGGAGCAGUGCAGCAACAGGUUCAAGGGCAGCCAUUAAUGGUGCAGGUUAGUGGGGGUCAGCUCAUUACCCCUUCUGGGCAGCCCAUAAUGGUGCAGGCUAUGCCAGGGGGACAGACGCAGACGAUCAUGCAGCUACCGGUGACAGGCUCGCAGGGUCUUCAGCAGAUCCAGCUUGUGCAACCGGGGCAGAUUCAGCUCUCAGGAGGUCAAACACUACAGGUACAAACCGCACAGGGACAGACGCAGCAGAUCAUCAUCCAGCAGCCACAGACUGCGGUAACUGCAGGACAGAACCAGCCUCAGCAGAUAACUGUGCAGGGUCAGCAGGCGCAGACGGCAGAGGGUCAGACCAUCCUAUAUCAGCCAGUCAACGCUGAUGGAACCAUCCUCCAGCAGGGUAUGAUCACUAUUCCAGCUGCCAGUUUAGCAGGAGGUCAGAUCAUCCAGGCGGGCUCCAACACGAGUGGCACUGGGGGUCAGGGUACUGUGACCGUCGCCGUUCCCGUCACAGGAAAUGUGGUUAACGCUGGAGGAAUGGUCAUGAUGGUCCAAAGCGGUGGCUCUGUCCCAACCAUGCAGCGUAUCCCUCUCCCAGGAGCAGAGAUGCUGGAGGAGGAGCCGCUCUACGUCAACGCUAAGCAGUACCACCGCAUUCUGAAGAGACGCCAGGCUCGCGCCAAGCUGGAGGCCGAGGGCAAAAUCCCCAAAGAGAGGAGGAAAUAUCUGCACGAGUCUCGUCAUCGGCACGCCAUGGCACGGAAGCGUGGUGAUGGCGGCCGCUUCUUUUCGGGGAAGGAGAAGGACGAGAUGUGCAUGCAGGUGAGCGGGAGGCUCCAGAUAAAUCCCAACACUGAAUGGACUGCCAUGUCUGCCCAACCCCUGGAAUAAUAACUGCAGGCUUUUUAGCAAUACACGCUCUUCUUUUCAAGCUAAAAAGACUGCAUGUGUGUAUGUCUGUGUGUACAUGCUUUAAUGCUUUUUUUAUGCAUGCAUCUUUUUUUUUUUAUUGCUAAGCCCGUGACUUGAUGCCGUUACUGUACAACACAACAAACUGCGCUGAAGCAGCUGUAGGACAUCUCAAAUCCUAGUUUGUGAAUAACUACUUUUAUGCAUUCGGUUGGAUCUGAGCAGUGACUGAACGUGAUGCCGUGAUGUUCUCCUACUUAGAUAAGAAGGACUGUAAUUGUUGCAAGCAAAUAUAUUCGUUUGCUUGAUUAAUUUAGCAAUGAACCAAUAAAUACACUGUAAAUAUUUUCAGCACUUAUAGUCACCGUUUCAGCCGAAACCAAACACAGAGUUCUGUUAAACUGCAUCAAAUACAGCCGUUUGCAGCAAACACAUUUUAAACGUGUCUUUAGCUGAUAGACUUUAGAAAUUAUACUGGAUUUUAUUCUGACUUCACUUAAUCUCAGUAAAGUCAGUAUUAUAAAUUUCAUCCUUAUGAUUUGGGAUUAUUUACAAUAAACUUGCACAUUCCUCAUUCAAGCUUCAUUGUGCUUCAGGAACAUUUUAUAUUAUUUUGCAUUUCACCGUAACGUGUUUAUUUUUAUGUGUGCCGUCGCCUGUCUUGUCUGUAUCUGUAUCCCUGCUGCUUCCUGAGCUCUUCGUCGUUGCUUAAUUGUUUGUCAAAAGAUAUUUAACUGUUGAAAUGUUUCAGAAAUCAAUGCUGUAUAAAACAUACUGUUUUGUCACAUUUAUAUUCCUGCUGUUUUCGUGUACUGUUUUCUUCGGUUCCUUUUUUUAUUCGCAAAUAAACACGUAUUUUGAGUUUUA